AUGUCGCUCUCUUUCCAGCGUGACUCCCGUGUCUUGCUUGCAUCUUCGGCCGGUUUCCCCAGGCCCCUGUUCAGCUUCGAGUGCCCGUUCGGCCCUCUCGACGGUAUCAAGACGGAGCGUUCGUGGGCUUUCGCUCAAGCCGCGAGCUAUGGACGCUUGCAUAGCGCUCGCGCGAGAUCGAGAAUAGGAGAUACCGGCGGUCUGAUGUGGUACACUGGUUUAGAUGACGCCAGUCUUCUUGCAUUCGGUCGUGUCGUCGCAGAGCAACUCGAACGAGCAUGUUGCGGGAAGGCCAUGCUCGCCGGCUGUUUGCGUCCUUCGGAUCGUGUUCGGGAUCCAGGAGAUUUUUUGCUGUGGCUCUCGUUGGAGCAUGAAGGGACGAAGAUGCUUCUUGCGAUUGCGUGGCGACUACCCAGAGUUUGGGACCCCAAAACAAGGGAGGCCUUGGCGGCUCUGAGCGCAACGCUUACGAGGACUCUGGAGGAGUACUGUGCCAUAAUCUCGAUGACGCCGUCGAACGUUGUACGAGUUUGGAGCACCGAGUUCGUCAAUGAACAAGAAUCAGCGCUCGCGUGGUCGCUCAAUCUCAGGAGUCGGUCGGUCAGCGAAGCGGCCAUGGAUGGCUGGCGCUCGUGGCAAGCUAUCAACCAGGCAUUGUUACCAGUGCGUCGUGUCGACGCCCAUGCGUUUGGCAUGCUUUUGUUGGGCGUCGAGAGGCAGGCUUUGGGUCUGCCCCAGACUGUACCCCACUAUCCCGACGAGAUGCCUUGUCAAACUGCGGCCGUACUUGCUCUCCUUGAUCAACUGUCGGAUGGUCUACCUAUUCGCGCCUAG